AUGCCGACAGCCGGAAAGUCAUUUACCUCCACGGUGACCUCGAUUUGCACAUUAUUGAAGCUCGGAGGCUUCCUAACAUGGAUUAAACCUCCAAGCGCCUCCGCCGCUGCUUCUUCCCCUGCAUCUUCUGCGCCGCUCCACCCUCGUCACCGCUGCCGCCAACGGCGAAGCAAGGGACUACAAGCUGCACAAGCACCGCAACAUCAUCACCACAGACUACUACGUCACCGUCGUCGUCCCCCAAGCCACCAUCGCCCGCACUCACAUCGUCAAGAACUCGCAAAACCCUAG